GAAGAGGCAACUUUCCCAACUUUUUCUGUGGGUACAACCAUCAGGAAACCGACGUCCAGCGUGAAUAAACACGCACAUACUGUACGUAUCAAACUAAACAAUUGUAAAAGGGUGAUCGGUACUUGCUCGUUUCAAAUAGGUUUCAUCUGAAAUCAAUGACAUCGUUCGUAGCGAGUAAAAACGAUAGAUUGUGUUGUGCUUAAGGUGGAUUAGCCGGUUAGCUAAACGUGCAUGAGUUGAGUUUGUCUUCACUGUGGAAUAAAAUUGUGGAGUAUGGACAAUGAUGGCGUUUACGUCCGCGAGAAAGGUGUCCUCCGGCGUGUCAGCGAGGUCGUCCUUUCGCAGCCAAAGCCAGUGUCUUCUUCAUGUAGAAGGACAAAUCCGUUUGUGCCGAAAAAGGAACAUUUUAUAUUCACCUACAACGCGGAGGGAAGUCUGAGAUACUCCACCAAAUCUCUCUUUGACAUCACCCUGUUGUUCGUCGCUGACAACAUUCACCACGUGGACUCUUUAGUAGGUUUCCCAGAGCAAGUGGGAGACAGGCUUUUUGCAGCAGCAGAAGAGAAUCGUGUGUUUGUGAACACAGACAUUUCUCCAAAAGCCCUGCAGUUAUUCGGUGAUGCUUAUGGGCAGAUGGUGCUUGGAUCCCUCUGUCUACGAAACAGGUUCCCCCUCUUGCACGAGAGGAUGGAUGAAAUAAAAACAUUCCACAGUUUGAAGUCCUUGGAUUUGUUCGGCUGCAGAUUGGAUGAUGACCACGAGAUAUUCCAGCAUCUAACAUCUACCUCAUUGGCAAACAGCCUGACUCAUCUUUUUAUUGGUGGCAACAGCCUCUCUGAUGUUGGAUUACAAAGACUGACAGCACCUAUCCGGAUAUUGAGGAAGGGACUGGACUGUCUUCAGCUCCUGGAUGUUUCCUAUAAUCCUAUCUCAGAAAGGGCCCUCAGAUACCUCACAUGCCUGCCCAAACUUGAAAAGCUCGAUGUAUCUGGCACCAGGUUGAAGUUUGGUGCAGGUUUGAAGAAGACGAUAUUGAAAGUGUUGGGACUCAUUUAUUCAGAGGAACCACUGGAUGCCUUUGAUCACUCGAGGUGUAAAACUGAAGGCUGGGCAGAGCAGGUCAUAAAUCAGUGGGAAACAAAUAGUUUGCAAAUGCCAAAACAGAAGAAAAUCGAAGCAUCAAGAACAUCAGCGCUUCGCUUUUUUGGGAGGCAGAAGUUUGUCAGAGAAGUCCUAAAAGCAGCACCCCUGGUAUGUGACAGUGCAGAUGAGGCCAAGAGUGAUAGACUGCAUUUCUACAGACCAGCAGCCAAUAAUCAUACACCUGAGAAUCAGGAUCCUUUUAAGGAAAACCAUCGAGUGAAGAAUUCCUGUCAGGGUGUCAAAAAAAGACCUCACCAGUCAGAUGGGUGUGACGGCGAACAUCGUAGCCCUCCGACAAAACGAUUGCCUUCCUCAGCUCUCACUGCAGAGGACGUUGACUUGUUGAACAGCUACUGAUUUAUGCAGCGCUCUGGUGUUCAGCAGAACAGUUACUGAUUAUAUUUAUGCUCAAGAUGAUUGACACUGGUUAACUAUUAACACUUUGUCUUGGAUACAGGUGACAUUUUGGGUAUCAUUUUAUAAAUAAAGUUACUUCUUUUGCACA